AUGCCCUGUCCAUUCAUGGGUUCCCUAAACCAAGCCUUCGUAAGAAAUUAUGGCAGCGUACUGAUGAAACAGUACGGCAACUUUUGCCCAAUAAUUUCAAGAAAUUUCCGCACUCUGGGUCAAGACGAAACGAAAUGUCCUUUCAUUCAAAACACCAACACCAUCGUUGCGGAUGCUCCUAAGGAGAUGACCGAGGACAUUGUGGAAAGCGCACGCCCCUACUCUUACGAUAAGUUCUUCAAUGAACAGAUCAGCGCGAAGAAAAGGGACUACUCUUAUCGAGUCUUCCGGAAGGUAUCCCGGCUAGCCGCGGACGGUAUGUAUCCUCAGGCGUUAGAAGGCCUCGAUAACCGCCGUGUGACGGUGUGGUGCGCUAACGAUUACCUUGGUGCCUCAAGACACCCCACUGUACAAGAUGCUGCAAUUUCAUCGAUCAAGUCUUAUGGUACAGGAGCUGGUGGAACCCGCAACAUUGCUGGUAACUCACAAAUGACUGAAAAAUUAGAACUAGAAAUAGCUAAACUUCAUAAAAAGCCUGCAGCUCUUAUAUUCAGCUCAUGUUUUGUUGCCAAUGAUGCAACACUCUCUACAUUAGCUAAGAUUCUACCUGGGUGUGUUGUAUAUUCAGAUGCAGGCAACCACGCUUCUAUGAUACAGGGAAUAAGGAACAGUAGGGCCCCAAAGCACAUAUUCAGACACAACGACCCUAACCAUUUAAAAGAACUACUCUCUAAAUCACCUGAAGGUGUACCAAAACUAGUCGUAUUUGAGACUGUUCACUCAAUGAGUGGAGCUAUCUGUCCAUUAGAGGAAAUGUGUCAAGUUGCUCAUGAUUAUGGAGCGUUAACAUUUGUAGAUGAAGUUCAUGCAGUUGGCUUGUAUGGGAAACAUGGGGCUGGCAUCGGAGAGGAAAGAGGUAUUGAGCAUAUGAUUGACAUAGUUUCUGGUACUUUGGGUAAGGCUUAUGGAAACGUUGGAGGCUAUAUAGCAGGAUCUUCAUUACUGGUGGACACUGUCCGGUCCUUAGCACCAGGAUUCAUCUUUACAACUGCACUUCCACCACCAGUGCUAGCAGGCUCGCUGGCAGCUAUUAGACUUCUUGCUGGAGAGGAAGGAAGGAGUUUGCGUGCCAAACACCAGGCAAUCGUACGUUAUUUGAAACUGUCGCUUCUCGUUGCGGGACUUCCGCAGAUGCCUUCCGUGAGUCACAUUGUACCGGUGCCUAUAACCGGAGCCGACAAAGUGGCCCUUGUCGCUGAAUCCCUCAUGAAGAGGGGACAUUACGUGCAGGCUAUCAAUUAUCCCACGGUCGCGCGAGGCGCUGAGCGACUUCGUUUCGCGCCGGGCCCCUACCACACUCCCGAGAUGAUUGACAGCUUGGUCACUGCCCUAAUCGAAUCAUUCCAUGAAAACAAUAUAAGCUUCAAUCAAUUCUUGGUGAACGGGACUUGUCGCGAGUGCAGCAUGGAGUACAAGUUCGAUAUGCCUUACGAGGAGACCUACAAGUACCCCAUGAUCGCUACAUAA